AUGGACCAUCCUGAGCCCAUAUCAAAGCGUGUUCCGGAGAUUCCGCAAUGCCGGAAAGGUUUCACUCUCGAGGAGGCCCGCGGCUUUGUCGAUGCUGUGAUGCAGGUCUUCCAUAGCCUCGAAGAUAUGACCGACUUGCGAUCUAUGUAUGAGACCGGGAAACAGCUCAGUCGUCUCUACUUUGACUGCCAUCAGUACCGCGUAGAGUUGGCCGAAUACCUUACCAGCCUCGAGUAUCCGGCCUUUGCGUCUAAGAUGAUGAAGAAGCUUAACAAUAUGGGUGUCUUCAAAAACGACAACAUCUGGUUUUCCUCCUUCUAUUUUUACAAUACAACGUGGAACUUCUCUGAAAUAUGGCCAGAUUUUGCCACUGCUCUUGCCAACGCGGGUCUUCCCAAUUUGUUGAACCUUAAUAUCGGGCACCAGCCCUACCUGGACAAUUUGCCCAGCAAAAACGUCUACUACCUGGUGAAGGCUAGUCUAUCCAUCAUUCACAACAUCGCACGGGUCCCCGGUAAUGUCCACUGCUUCUCCACAGAUCCUGUCAAGAGCGCUUUGACGAACAAGUUUUUGCGAGAGGAGGAGUUUCUCCGAUGCAUUUCAGAUCUCUGUUUGGCCUACAUUGUGAACGACAACGACACCAACCUCAUGACACAGCUUAUUAAUGGUGCUCCACCAAACAACAGCAGUGUGUUGCAAGGUCUCGUCGACCACGUGGUGACAGCGAAGGCAUCAGAAAAACGGCGUUGUCAUGGCUUCCAAGUGUCGGAACUGUUGUCAGCCAUUGCCACGUUGGCAGUUAAUGAUAGCAUAAAGCCGGACAUCCUCUCAGUUUCGGUAAACCAGGCCGGUGAACGCAUUACGAUUACGCAGUUGGCUAAGGAGGCUAUCGAAGCUGCCGCUCAAACCACCCCUUCUCUGAUGGUGAUUCGCGAGGCCGAGGAGGUCGCUCGUUUGCUCUGGAAUCUUUCUCUCGAUCCACGCGCACCCAAUCCCUCGUCUGAAAUGAACUUACAAGUCGCGAACUGGCUCUCUGGCCUCAUCAAGGAGGGCAAAAUCUCGUCUUUGCCGAGCCACGUGGCUAAAGCGCUCGAAGCUGUGUCAGCGCGUCUCACCCUUCCCGUACCUGCCUCUAUUUCUCCAGGCCAAGGCAUCUUCCUGAUUUCAUUUGCGCCAGUUAAUCGGAUGGCUGCCGUGAAGAUUGCCGAACGCCUACAAGCUGCCGGCCUGCCUGUGAGCACACUGGAGGCACCAGAUUCAGACAACGCCCUGCCUGACUCCUCCGCCGUCGGUAUGUCGGGUGCCUAUUCAGCCUCUACCUCAUUUUCGCAUUGGCGGAAGAUGAUAGACUCCGCCAGCGCUAUUGUGGUCUGCGCUUCUGAGGCCUAUCGACUGUCUCCUGGUUGUCGCUACGAAAUUGAAUGCGUUCGUCCCGGUCUCAGCAGCCCCAGCAACAUCUCGGGGGGUGAUUCAUCAUUCAAACAGCCUUCCAGAUAUAUCCUUCCCGUCUACCUGCAGCCCAAAUACAAGCCCUCCGGCUGGCUCGGUGAUCUUCUCGCCGGACAGGUCGUUCUUGAUCUUAGCGGUCGGAAGGAUCUGGAUGUGGGAUUCGAGAAUUUCACCCUUCAGGCACAAAAUUUGUACGCAGAAGUGAAACAGACCCUAGGCUCAAUGAUGGCUAACGAUAGAAAGGGUUCUUUGAGUGCUAUACCCGCUGGUGCUCCUUCACAGACCAACCACGUAGAUGGACUUAUUUCUGGCUCUUUGAGGAAGAUAAGCAACGAGUAUGUCAGCUGUACGACAAGUCUCGGACGAGAUGGGAGUUUGCCGAAGGGCAUUGCGCAGCCCAAGGGCCCUUUCUACGGACCAGUGUCUGGGGCGCCCUCGCCCGAUGCCAUAAUGCGCAUUCGUAAAUCGGCAGUUCGUGCUGAGGUGCGCUCUUGGUCUACCAACACGGUUUCGCAGUGGCUCAAGUUUCGCGGUCUCGGACAGAUUCUACAAGUAACCGGAGCGUUCGACGGUCUCCUACUAUCUCAACUCGCCGCGAUGCGCUUCUGGGCGCCAGAAUACUUUGCUCGCUCAUUGCAGACAGAGUUGCAUCUAUCUUUCAUUGACGGUCUGCGAUUAAUUGAGGCCUUAGAUGAGCUCUCACCUGGAAGCGGCGUCGGUGAGGCCGACGGUUUCACGGGUCCCAGUGGUGAGGCAAAUUACGACGACCGCGCAGACGCCUUCUCCCACGUCAGUGGUUGCGACAACAUGAGCGGUCGUUAG